UCCUAGAGCUGUUCCCAUGGCCAAAUUGUGCAAUUGGGGGAGAAGGGCCUUGGUUAGGGAUGUGACCAAGAACUCAAUGGUCACUUUGCAGAGCUCCAGAGUUCCUCUGGGGUGAUUGGAGAACCUUCCAAAAGGACAACCAUCUCUGCAGCACUCCGCCAAACGGGCAUUUAUGGUGGAGUGUCCAGACAGAAGCCACUCCUCAGUAAAAUGCACAUGACAGUCUCCACCUAAGGACUCUCAGACUAUGACCAACAAGAUUCUCUGGUGUGAUAUAAGCAAGAUUGAACUCUUUGGCCUGAAUGCCAAGUGUCACGUCUGGAGGAAACCUGGCACCAUCCCUACGGUGAAGCAUGAUGGUUGCAGCAUCAUGCUGUGGGGAUGUUUUUCAGUGGCAGGGACUGGGAGAGUAGUCAGCAUCGAGGGGAAAAAUGAACAGAGCAAAGUACAGAGGUCCUUGAUGAAAACCUGCUCCAGAAUGCUCGGGACCUCAGACUGGUGUGAAGGUUCACCUUCAUAGGCCUUGAAAAACUACCCUCAAAUAGGCUACUGGUUUGGCAAGUGCCACUGGCUGCUGGUAAGCUUUCUUGACUUGGACAUAGAUUUUUGUCAGCACAUGGCUAACCUUUGUUUAACUCUUCCAAUUAUAAUGUGUGGAAGUCAAAAUAAUGAAAAAUUAUAUUCCAAAUCUAUUUAUUUUAAAAUGUUGAUUACUUCUCCUUGCCAUUAUCAUUCACCUGAUGCUAAGACUUAAAAACAUUUUUUUUUUUUACCCCUAUCGUAUGUUGGGGGACCCUGGGUCGCCGGUUUGCCUGGGAGGGGUUCCCUGGGCAAGAAAAGGUUGAAGACUCCUGGUUUAGGGCCCAUGACUGCCGUGUCAGUAAUGAUCGUGGAGCGCACGGCAUGGAGAGGAAUAUUGGAGACCAGCUCAACAAGGCAUUUGAAGCUUACCGCCAGGCCUCUAUCGAGCGAGACAGCGCCAAAAGGGAACUACAGAAGACGAAUGAAUAUUAUCAACGGCACACUCAGAAACUUCAGAAACAGAUAGAAGACCAGCAGCAGUUGAUUUCAAAACUCAAAGUUCAGUUGAUAGCAGCAACUAAGCAACCUUCAGGAGAGGUGAAAGGUGAGGCUGUUCCUAGGAAACAGGAAGAGGAAACCCUGUCUCCUUCCAACCAUCUCUUUGACAACCCAAGCAGCUCCUUCCGGAAGAUUAAUUACUUGAAAGAGAACAUGGAAACUGCAAUGAUUGUGUCACCUUCACCACACACAGCACCUGUAAACAACAGUUUUGAGAAAAAAGACGUUUUUGAGGCGUUUCAAGCUCUUCAGGGGAAAUUCCAGCAGAUACAGACAUUAACCCGGAGACAAAAAGAUCACCUGAAAAAAAUCUCCAAAGGAAAUUACAUGGCAAAUGAGCAGCAGUUCUCCAUGCCCAUUCAGUGUACAGACGUGACUGCGGAGCAGGCGGAGAGGCCCUUCCCCUCAGCCUUAAGGCCAGUGGUCAUCCUCCAGCACCCGCCCACGUCCCUGGCAUCCCGUGGUGCCAGCCAAGAGGACAGAGACCUAGUGGACUCCCUCACCAGACUCAGCGUCAAGUUCCCCCCCUCCACAGACAGUGAAUACGAGUUCCUGAACAGCGCUCCAGAGAAACACUUUGACCUGUCUAUGCCAAAGCAACGGGCAGCAGUCAGCAGUAUCCCUGCCGUCAUAGAGGAAUCGUCUAUGGAGCUGGCCAUCCCAUUCCUGUAUCCUACGUCUCCCUCUCACCCCACCUCCCCCUCCACCUCACUCUCACACGAGAGUGUGCGUGGACCCCUGCAGCCUCUGUGGAGCCCUGAGCUUUGUGAUGCAGCAGCAGCACAGGCCGUGAGUGCGAAGCCACAACAACAGAUCAACAACAACCCUGAUAUCUGUGCCUACUGCAACGCGGAAGUUCCCCAAGACCAUAUGAAAAGCCACCUUUUCACUCAUUGCCAGAGGGAGAGUGAAGCCAGCAAUUGACACUAGCAGACAGUGGCUGCCCAAUGAAACACCUCUAGGCUUAAUUCAUGGUUUAUUCAUGUCUUUGUUGCUACGCCAUGAAUUACACGCGCAGGGCUGGAUGUCACAUGACACUGGCGUUGGCAACGGGACUAGAAUCCACUCUUGAUCAUAUAUUUAAUUUGUAAGAGUUGAAUGGUACAUUUUACAGUCGUCGUCUUAAGAUAUUACUUUGAAAUUGUACAUCUCUAGACCUAUGAAAUGAUAUUGUACAGUAUGUAGGUUUAAGUAUAAUAAAGCAAUAAUUUAAUCUUGA